GUGACCCUGCCUCCCCCUCCCCAGCGCGAGUGCAUCUCCGUCCACGUCGGCCAGGCCGGCGUCCAGAUGGGCAACACCUGCUGGGAGCUGUACUGCCUGGAGCACGGCAUCCAGCCCGAUGGGCAGAUGCCCAGUGACAAAACCAUUGGCGGAGGGGAUGACUCCUUCACCACCUUCUUCUGUGAGACCGGGGCUGGGAAGCAUGUCCCACGGGCCAUCUUUGUGGACCUGGAGCCUACUGUGAUUGCUGCCAUUGCCACCAUCAAGACCAAGCGCAGCAUCCAGUUUGUGGACUGGUGCCCCACGGGCUUCAAGGUGGGCAUCAACUACCAGCCGCCCACGGUGGUGCCAGGGGGUGACCUGGCCAAGGUGCAGCGCGCCGUCUGCAUGCUGAGCAACACCACAGCCAUCGCUGAGGCCUGGGCUCGCCUGGACCACAAGUUCGACCUGAUGUACGCCAAGCGCGCCUUUGUGCACUGGUACGUGGGCGAGGGCAUGGAGGAAGGGGAGUUCUCUGAGGCACGGGAAGACAUGGCUGCUCUGGAGAAGGAUUACGAGGAGGUGGGCCUGGACUCCUACGAGGAUGAAGAGGAGGGUGAGGAGUAGAGAAGCCUCAGCCCAAAAGGACCAUGCUCCUUCCCAAUGUUACCUGCAGAAACCCUUUGCAAUAAACCGUUUCAGAGCCUCUGUGUCUCCCACUAUCCCCCCAGCUGUAUCGGUUUCUUGCCAGGUCAGGUGUGUGGUGAGUGCUUCAGCCCUGGUACUGGUGCUGCUAUGCUUCCUCCCAGUGCUCUGCUCCAGCUCCGGCUUGCUUCCCAUGUAGGUAAUAGCCCUGGGGUCCAGUCCCUGGGGCUGUGGCACACAUCCUACCCCCCUCACUGCUCCAUCCAGCAGUGAAUACCACUUCCUCAUGUGAUGUAUGGCCCCAUGUUCUACCCUGGAGCUCAGGGGAGCAGAUUUGGUCUGAGCAGGAAAAGAUCGGCAGCUGCAGAGUCUUCUCCCCAUGUGCAGCGUGAGGACAGGCAGGCUCAUCUGGAAGGAUACUGGUUGAAGCAGUGGGAGCAGUCUGGCACCCCUGCCCCUGUGGCCACAACGCAGGGCAAAGGGUAUGCACGGCUCUCUGGUGCAGUGGGUGCACCCUGCAAGGGGACCCGGCAUGGCACAAACCCCCAUGGCUGCUGUACUGCUGUGUGUGGUGAGAGGAUUAAAGGAGGGGAAUGCUCCCUGUGAAA